AAUCUGGUCAAGCGCGUCGCGCUUGCAUCUUCUGCGGCAUCCUCGACCAACAUUCCCAAUUCAUGGUAUGGCGUCACCAUGGCUGCCAUCACUCCAUACACAUAUAUCCAAUGUCCCUGCUCGGAUUCCUCGACCCUCGGGCGGUCGUCGGACACAAACUCAUCGAGGGCUGAUGGGGCUGACGACGACGACGACCGCACUUUCGAUCCCCGCGCCCCGCGGUCGAAUUACAGCCUCUACCCGCUCGAAUAUCUGCUGUACUGCGAAGACUGCCACCAAAUUCGGUGUCCCCGCUGCGUGGCAGAGGAGAUUGUCACGUACUACUGCCCCAACUGCCUGUUUGAGGUGCCCAGCAGCAACCUGAAGAGCGAGGGAAACAGAUGCACCCGCAGCUGCUUCCAAUGCCCAAUAUGCAUCGGCCCCCUCGCCGUAACGAGCGUCGAGACCAAACCCGACCCGAGCCUGCUGGCUGCUCCAGACAACACCGCCGCACCACAAUCGGGCCCCUACGCCCUGACCUGCUCCUAUUGCAACUGGAGCUCGACCGAAGUCGGCAUCAAGUUCGACAAGCCAAAUGGCAUACACGCCCAGCUGUCGAAGUUACGAAAUGGGGGUACGGCGAGACUAACUGCAAAGGAGCGCAAGGAACGGCGUAGGGACCCGUCAUACCGCUCUUCAGCAGCAACAGAACAGGGCGACGGCCGCUCUGGCAGUGACGAGAAGCUGGACCUGGAGACACAGUUCGCAAACCUCAAAUCGUUCUACCAGAGCCAGCUCGCCGACCCAAACGCUUCGGACGGUGGACUCGCCGCGCUGAGCGACCUCGGCUUCUCCUCUCCCACCUCGCUCUCCCGCAUCAUGAGCAUUUACACGGGUGGCAGCCUGCACGACAAAAAGGCAAAAUUACGCGUGGGCGCCAUCCGCGAAGCCCUCGAAGUCGACGAAGGCUUGCAGCUGGCCGACCUCGACGAGUCGGCCGCCAUCGCGCAGCUGCACUCCGAGGGCCACGACGGCACCGCGUCGACCUCACGACUCUCGGACCAGCCCCCGAAUUUCGGCGAAGCGCACCUCCACGGCCGCAGCCGCUUCGUCUCCGAACUCCGCCCGAUCCCCUAUCUCCUCCGCACCAAACGGUCCAAACGCUGCCCCGUCUGCCGGCACAUCAUCAGCAAGCCCGAGGCCAAGGUCCAGACCACGCGCUUCCGCAUCCGCCUCGUGGCAGGCAGCUACAUCCCGAGCAUCGCCAUCCGCCCGCUUUCCCUUUCCAGCGGCAGCGGCACGUCCGCUUCAGGCAGCGCCGGGAUCCCUGGUGCGCUGCUCGAACCCCUCAAACCGGCACACUACCUGCUCACCUUCACGAACCCCAUCUUCGAGAGCAUCAAAGUAACACUCGGCGCGCCGGCCAAGACGCCCGGCCGGUUUGCGAGCAAGGUGACGGUGCUGUGCCCCGAGUUCGAGAUUGACGCGAACACGGACGUGUGGGACGAGGCACUCAAGGAUCCGAGCGGCGCCGGCGAGCUUCGCGACAGGGAGAGAGAGAGAGAGAGGCGCCGGCACAAGGGCGAGGAGGGGGGUAACGUCAGUAAUAACAAUAACCAGCUAGAGGUGGGCAAGAUUUGGGAGCGGGGCAGGAACUGGGUGAGCAUUGUCGUCGAGGUGGUGCCGGCAUGGCUGAGGCUAGAGCACGGAACGGAAGAGCAGCGGCUGAGGGAGGACGAGGACCUCUUGGAGAUACCCAUGUUUGUGCGCGUCGAGUGGGAGGCCGAGGCCGUGGGGGACGAGGUUGGGGCGGUUGUCGGCAGGGACAAGGAAGCGAGGGAGAAGCGGGAGCUGGCGUACUGGUGCGUGCUGGGGCUCGGGCGGAUCAGGCACUAA